UCUUGUCAGUGGAGUCAACAUGGCGGCAGUGGAUGUCAUUGUGGACAACUUGGUGACUCUCUGGAGGAUCCCGUCCAUCAGACAGAACUUCCACUGGAUCUUUUUACUCAUCUCGGUGGUGGGCUCGGUUCUGAAGGAGCUGGAGCUCGUCCCGCAGACAUACUUCAGCAGCACCAGAAACGCCCUGAAUGUGUAUUUUGUCAAAGUGUCGUGGGGAUGGACGCUGCUGCUGCUGACUCCCUUCCUCCUCCUCUCCAACUCCUCCUUCAGCCGGAGCGUCUCCUUUCUCUCCCGCCGGCUGCUGUCUCUCGCCGUGGCAACAGCCGUGUGGUACGCCUUCACCGAGACCUUCUUCUACAUCGAGGACGCCACCGGCUCGUGUUACGAAACCGACGCCUUGGAUGUCGUCAACAAGGAGUUCGUGUCCAAAGCCAGCUGCAGGCGGGCCGGUUUCCUCUGGGACGGCUACGACAUAUCGGGACACUCCUUCAUCCUGGCCUACUCCGCUCUCUUCAUCGUGGAGGAAACGGCGCCCAUGGCCUCCCUGAGGACCGCCAAGCUCUCCGCUCUCCCCAGGAUGGUCCUCAACCUGCUGUACGUGGCUUUGAAUCUGAUCGUCAUCGUCUGGGUGUGGAUGUUCGCCUGCACGUCUGUUUACUUCCAUGACCCGUCCCACAAGUUGCUAGGCACCAUAUGUGGCCUGAUCGCAUGGUAUCUGACGUAUCGUGUUUGGUAUCUGAAGCCUUUCUCCCCAGGCCUCCCCCCUCAGCGCCACCCAAAAGAACGGAAACAGCACGCCUAAUAAGCCGAUGUCGUAUUUUCCUGUGCAACAUCUAAUAUUGCAGCCAUCCUCCUAACAACACACUACAGUUGAUGUUAUCUGUCUCCAGGUCCAAGCCGGCCAUUCCAUUUAAAGCUAUAUUUAAGUUAUUCCCUCCUCACACAGAAAGGUCGUUUUGUACAGGAUGGAGUUUGGCAGCUGCUGUUCCCAAAAUGACUCGUGGUAAUUUGAGAUGAGUGCAAGACGCUGCUCUGCUGCUUCACCAGCGCUUGUCCCCCAGUGUGUUGCCUUAUGGAUGAGUAUUUGCAGUCCAAUGUCUGAGUGGGAACACUUAACAAUGUUUACAUCUCCAGUUGUAUAGCAAAUGUAUUUUAUGUAAAGAACAUAUACAUUGUUUUUACUAGAACUAAGUUCAGAACAAAUUCGGAUCAGAAACUGUAAUUGCAGUGUGCCUAAAUUAUUUACCGACUCAAACAAGCUGCUAAAUACUGUUUUGUUUGGAGUCAACAUCAAUGUGUGUCAACAAUAUGUUUUGCUCGGAGAAUGUAGAGCUUGAAUAGAAUAUAAAGAAAUAUUUUAAUUUGUCAUCUUACAUAGACUACAGUUGUAGGCAAAUGAUUACUAGUAUGCUUUGAAGGUUAAGGCUGGAAAUAAAAUUUCAAAUGUUAUCCCUCACCAUUUUCUAAUGCCCAAAGUCACAUCCUCAAAUGUUGUGUUUUGUCCAGGAAGUAAUGUAAAACCUUAAGAUAUACAAUUUAAAAUCACCUAACAACAAUUUACUCUAACUCACCGUUUUAAACCUGGAACCAGAGAUAGUUUGGCUUCUCAGCUUGAAAAGUAAUUAUCAAAAGAGUUGCAGAUACAUUUUCUGUUGAUGGACGAACUAGUGUUGCAGUCGUCAUCAUAUCUUUUGUCAACAACAGCAUGAAAAGACCAAAAUACUCACUAACAAGUAUUGCCAAAAGCUGGUGUAUCUUAAUUCUUUGUGCCAUUGAGCUCCAUGGUUGUCCAUAAGUAAACCAAAAGCUAACAAACUGAAAAUGGGCAGUAAUGUUUUUUUUUUCUAGUGCCACAUACAUUGUCCUGUUGCCAUAAAUACUCGCUAUAUUACCAAAUCUGUAUUAAACUAGGUCUGAAAAUAGUGCAUUACGUGCAUUAUUAACUCGCUACAGUAUCAAGCUGCCAGGGAAUUACCGUUAUUCAAAAACUGAAGGUUUGUAUUUCUUUUUAAAGAUUUAUGGUCUAAUAACAAAAACCAAAUCUGAGUGCUAAGGAAAUAUAAAGAUGUUAUUCUUGUUUUGGUCUUUUCAUGUGAUUUGUUGACAAUAAGGAGGAUAUGAAAGAUAACGCCAGCCCUUUCCUGUUAGGAUGAUUUAGGGAAACUUAGCAGUAUUUUUUAGAAUGUAAAAGACCACGGUCACAAGCAACUAACUGUUUUUGCAUUGAUGUGUGCAUAAUGUGUAACGUGUUGAAUCCACAGAGCUCUACAGUGCAUGGGAGCACGGUGUGUUUUGAGAUGAAAUAAAAACCAGGAUUUGUGUGUA